GUUUACCAAAGGGGGUCGACUGGUCUUUUAGGAGCAUUCAUUUCUGAAAAAUCUCCUAUUUUAUAAAGAAGAAAGUUACCUCAGCACCAGGUAGCUUCCCCCAGCCAGAAGAAUGGCACCCAACAAGCGGAAAUCCGCCAAAGACGACGAUUUCGUCCUGACAUUAUCCGAUGACGAGAACGACCGGUUCAACGAUCUCGAAGAGGACGGUAACGGCGAGGAAGAAAUUGCCUCUGCCGGAACGAAAAAGCGCAAGAGAGAAUCGGCGGAGGCACAAAAGGGAAAGAAUAAGAAGCAGAAGCAGCAGCAGCAGCAGCCACGGCAAUUGAGCAAUGGGAAACAGAAGAGUGGUGCUGUAAUUGAGGAGGAGGAGGAGGAGGAGGGAGAUGAUCAGGAAGAGGGGGAGGAAGAGGAGGAAGAUGACGAGCACAAUGCCGGGGAGGACGAUGGCGCUCUGGAUUCGGAAUUCGAGUUCGAUGUUGGUGGUAUUGUGAAUGAGGUUACAGAGGGAUUUGAUGGGUGGGGAAUGGGCAAUGAGGAUGACGAGGGCAGGAAGAGAGGUGAUAAGAAGGCGGUGGAUAUUGAUGAUAUUAUCUCGAGGAAGAAGGCGAAGAAGGACGCCGAGCUGCAGAAGAAAGCAAAGAAGCAGAGCCAGAAGGUUCAAGAGGAGAGUGAAGCAGAUGACGACGACGAUGAUGAUGUCAAGUCGGAUGGAGGCAUGUCUGUGGAUUUCGAUGACGAUGAAUUGCUCGCGGCCGAUGGGUUUGGUAUGGGAGCUGAUGGUGAGGACGAGAGUGAGAACUCGGGAGCAGACGACGAGGACGCUGAGGAAGACGGCGACGACGACGACGAUUAUGAUGAUGAUGCCGCAUCUGAUAAUGACUCCGUUGCAACGCCGGUUCAGCACCCCGACGAUAUCGCUUCAGGAGAGUCAGACGCCGAGAGCGAUGUGGAUGCUGAAGAAGAGGCCAAGCGCAAAGCCUUCUUUGCACCUGAAGAGAAGACCGACGAGUCGUCAACCACAUCCAAACGAUCGUUUCAAGACUUCAACCUGUCUCGACCUAUCCUUCGCGGAUUGGCCGCUGUCAACUUCACCAACCCCACACCCAUUCAGCAAAAGACAAUCCCUGUGGCUCUCCUCGGCAAGGAUAUUGUUGGUAGUGCGGUCACCGGUUCAGGUAAAACCGCUGCUUUCGUCGUGCCCAUCCUCGAGCGUCUGCUCUUCCGACCCCGAAAGGUCCCCACCAGUCGUGUUGCUAUCCUCAUGCCUACUCGUGAAUUGGCAGUGCAGUGUUAUAACGUCGCUACAAAGCUCGCAACAUACACUGACAUCACCUUCUGUCAGCUUGUCGGUGGUUUCAGCCUUCGCGAACAGGAGAACAUCCUCAAGAGACGGCCCGAUGUUAUCAUCGCCACCCCCGGUCGUUUUAUCGACCACAUGCGCAACUCUGCAAGCUUCACCGUGGACACUCUGGAAAUUCUGGUUCUGGAUGAGGCUGAUCGUAUGCUGGAAGAUGGUUUCGCCGACGAAUUGAACGAGAUUCUGACCACCAUCCCCAAGUCCCGCCAAACGAUGCUGUUUUCGGCUACGAUGACAGACUCCGUCGACAAACUGAUCCGCGUUGGACUUAACCGCCCAGUACGGUUGAUGGUUGACUCGAAGAAGAACACUGCCGUCACACUGGUCCAAGAAUUCGUGCGCUUGCGACCCGGCCGCGAGAACAAGCGACUAGGGUACCUACUCCACCUUUGCAAGGAGCUCUACACCGGCCGAGUGAUUGUUUUCUUCCGCCAGAAGCGUGAGGCUCACCGAGUUCGAAUCAUAUUUGGGCUGGUUGGGUUGAAGGCCGCCGAGCUCCACGGUAGUAUGAGCCAGGAGCAGCGUAUCCAAAGCGUAGAAAGCUUCCGAGAUGGGAAAGUGAACUUCUUACUUGCGACGGAUCUUGCCUCGCGUGGUCUGGAUAUCAAGGGAGUCGAAACCGUCAUCAACUACGAAGCUCCCCAGAGCCAUGAAAUCUACGUCCAUCGUGUUGGUCGAACAGCCCGUGCUGGUCGCUCCGGUCGAGCGUGUACCAUCGCAGCCGAACCAGACCGCAAGGUCGUCAAGGCCGCUGUGAAGGCUGGGAAAGCACAAGGCGCCAAGAUUGUCAGCCGGGUGAUUGACGUCGCGAUUGCUGACGAGUGGGCUGACAAGGCAGAGGAUCUAGCGGAUGAGAUUGACGAAGUGCUCGAGGAAGAGAAGCUCCAGAAGCAACUCGCCCAGGCGGAGAUGCAGGUAACCAAGGGGGAGAACCUAAUCAAGCACGAGGCGGAGAUCAAAUCACGACCCAAGCGGACGUGGUUCGAAACGGAGCAGGAGAAACGUGCUGCGCGCAAAUUGGGGGCGACGGCGCUGAACGGGGCCGACGCAGGAGGCUCGAAAAAGGAGAAAGCGAGAUUGAGUAACAAGGAUAAGAAGCGUCUGGAUGAUGCACGGAUGCGUCAGGAGGGAGGGUUUGGGAGGAAAAAGAACAAGUCGGAGAGAGAGAACCCGAACCCGACCCAGGGCAAGGGCAAGGGCAAGGGUAAUGGCAAGAAGAGGCCAGGACCGGGCAAAGCGAAGGGUACUUUUAAGGGAAAGAAAUAGAUUGUAUAUACCAAAUCUUGGAUAUGAUGAUAUUCAUUUAUCCCGGAAAUGAAGGUAUAGCGAGGUAUGUCGAUUACCCAAAGAGGCAACCAAGAGCGGAAUUCAUCGGCUAUUCACGGAACCAGUGCUGCCUUAAUUCUGCCCCAGGCAUUCGUGGCUCCGUUAUCGGCGUUCUGAGUCACGUUUCUUGGGUUGUUGCAAGUUUGGAUAAAGACCAGAAAGGGACCAGAAGAAGCAUCAAAAUACAAAUAUCCUCGUCUUCUACUAGGACUUAUAAUCCAAAUCAUCUAUAAUAUAUUACCAGAAAG